CUUAGUUUGCAGCAGGUCGGAAUGAAGGUGACAGCUCUUUGUCUUCUUCUCAUGAUUGAAUUUGUGGAUUCUGACGAAACAACAGUCUCUGUGACAGUUUUUCCUGAAAGACUGCAAUUCUUUAAAUAUGAGCAUUUCUCUGUGAGCUGUGAGGAUAAGGAGGGGAAGAAGGAAGUGGCUGGAUGGAAAGUAAUGAUGAAGAUGGAGGAGGAAGAGGUGUGUUCAAGGCAGCCCCCCUACUUCGUCAGCGCUGCGUUUCCCACUUCAGACAGUGGAGUAUACUGGUGUGAAACUGAACUUGGAGCAACCAGCAAUGAUAUCAACAUCACUGUCACUGAUGGUCUUGUGAUCCUGAAGAGUCCAGUCCAUCCCGUGACGGAAGGAGUCAAUCUGACUCUGAGCUGCGCAUGCAAAGCUGAAGCAUCCAAAUGCAACCUCCCAGUAAAUUUCUACAAAGAUGGCAAGCUCAUCAACAGCAGUUCUACAGGAAACAUGACCCUCCUCAGUGUUUCCAGAUCUGAUCAAGGACUCUACAAGUGUAACAUCUCAGGAUCAGGAGACUCACCAGAGAGCUGGCUGACUGUCAAAGUGCCACCUGCAGGUGAGGAUCCUCCAAUGCCACAAGUGUCUGUCUCAACACUUGUCCGACACUUAGUGGUUGGAGCUCCUUACUUGAUUUCCACGGUUCUUCUGGGACUUAUUUAUAAAGACAGGAAGAGGGAGAAAAGAGACCAGGACAUUCAGACGAGACAUACAAGCAAUGAAGUCCUCAUGCAGAUAAUUACAUAGAUAUGAUGAUGCUCAACAUGCUCGUUAUAAAUGUUAUCAAUAACGAAUUGACAGCUCUGACAUAAUGUGUCUUUCCUUUGAACCAGAAUAGAACUUCGGCUUUUCUAUGUUUUAUGGCAGGUUUAACACAUUGGUGCCUGUGGGUUGCUGGUCAUUGUUUCUGUGCUCCUUGAAGUGAAUAAACAGGAAGUGUGGGGGUGUGAGGUAUUAAAUGUAAGCGUCUAAGGGCACAUAUAGGUCACUUAUACGCCUGUUUCUGUCUUUGUGCUAAAAUUAAUUUUAUCUAAAAUUCAGUCAUUGUUGCCUUAGUCGCAUACAUUGUUUAUAAUAGCAAUCAUUUACCAUCAAAGAUGAUAAAGAAUCAUUAAUCACAUAAAUCUGCAUGGCCUCAAUAUAAAGCCAUAAGUGUUAAAGUAGUAUACAUAACACUUAAAAGUCAGCAGAAGCAAUGCAACACCUUCUACUGUUUCCUCUAACUUAGUCAGGAGGUUGAAGUUUUGGUAAGCAACCCUCCGGUUUAACAGGAAGCUACCUUAUGUUUAGAAGAAACCCUGAUGGUCUUUUAUGCCACCCAUAUCUCACUUCUAUGACUGAAAAGACACAAAGACGUGGUUUUAAAUUGUGUUGAAAUCUAAAUUAUUAUUAUUAGGUGUUUCUAAUUAGUUUUAGUAGAAUUUAUGCUACAAACAUCUAAUCUACUAUGCAUAGCAAAGAAAUGAAAAGUAUACUACUAAGGUAUUUGUAGUUUUAAGUGGUAUUGUGUAUGUUUUUGCAAGAUUUAAACUGGUGCAACUGGAUCAUGUAUUGGAAAAAAAAAAUAGAAGAAUAGCAGGUAUUUUCUAUAGACAGCAUCCCAGUGACCUUUAGUGGUCUGAAACAAUGCAUCCACUCUUAGGUGGUUUCAUUUAACUAAGAAAUAUAAGUUUGAAUAAAUAAAAUCUGCAUCUGUUUUCCGUUUUGUUUUCAUUUUAGAUGUACAGCCUCUUGGUUAACACUUUGUUUUCAAACAUGCAUUUAAGUAUAUUGACUUGGUUUGGACAGUUAUAACUUGUAAUUGUAAUUAUAAUAAUAAUAAUAAAGUUGCACUGGAUUUGACUGCAGAAACAUUAGUAUGAACAAAGUACUAAUUUCUUUACGACCAAUUGUUUGUCUAUGUUUAU